GCUUCUGUUUUGCUGCUGUUCUCAUAACUGGACUUGCAGAGCAUGUAAUUCUGACCUACUUGCUAAGAAAUAUUCCAUAUUCUGACAGACAGUCUUUGUUUCAAGCCAAGAUGCUGGCGGAAAGCUUCCUAGCCCAGCUUGCCUACAGAGAUGAAGAGUAUGAGCUCCACCUCUGCCAAGGCCUAAAACCAGUUGGUGGAGACUCCUGGGAAGAUCACUUGAUAGACACAGAUGAACAUCAAGGCUUCCACCCAGAAUCCAAGAAGCAGGCUGCUGUGAAUAUGGUAGCAACAUGCUAUGACAUGGGAAUGGACCGAGAAGCUCACCAGCGAAAUUCCGUACCAAAGCCACCCAUGAAAGAAGGCAACGACAUCCCUCCAUCGGCACCUGUGCGUAUACCGAGAAGAGAGCAAUACUGUGAAGAAGAGCUGGAUUUGUACAGAUCUUGGUCGUGCCAAAGCCUUUAUCAGAACUAUCCUGAUCUCCAUAUUGGGGGAGACCACAUAGCUGACCAUACAUGUGAUUCCGGUUGCAUCAUGGACCAGACCUACGAUGAACGAUCCGCCGGCCCUGUUUUGUUGUCAAAAGAUAUCCGAUUAGGGCAUUCUCCUAUAAGUGAACCUCAGCAGAAUUCCAAGGACACCAAAUUCUCACAUGGAGAAGAAGCCGGGGAGAGAAGCAUGACGCUCCACAAAGAGCCCCUUUCCAACUCCAUGAUCAACAACUACAUGGAGAAGAAGGUUCAGGAACUGUAUAAUCAGUUUUUGGAAGAGAAGCUGACCCAGUGCAGUUCCAUCAACCACCUCCUGAUGUCGAAUUUGCUGAUGAACAACAUCGGCGAGGUGCACCGCCAGCUGUCCCACGACCGCCACAUCGACGCAUCAAAAGCCACGCAAACUCUCUUACAUUCCUUAGCUCUGUUUGGUUUGCAAAACACCAGCAAUGGAAACAGCAGUGAAUUUAGUACUCCGAAUUUACAAAUCUCAACGCCGCAUGGCAGAAGGCAACCCUCAGGAGUGUGGUACGCAUCGUGACGGAAAUAAAUUGCUCCUUUAAAAAGACGGUUUGGCUUAAAGAAAAGAUGAUUGGUUAAUUAAUGCAUAGAUGCAUUCACCUUUAAGGUACCUCCAGGACUCUUGGAUCAAAGCCAAUGGCAGACCAACAUGAAUGACUUUCUGAUGUUUGGUUAUGAACAUCCAAACGUCAUAC